UGCAGGUGGGCCUGGCUGGGCUGGUUCCCUCCUAGCACAGAGGAGACCCCUGGUAAACGUCUGGGGGAAUGGGAGGUCCAAAGAAGUCUCAGAGUGAAAGGCUGGUGAGCCCAGCCCUCUGUUCCAACGAGACCUGUGAGGACUGGACGAGGUGGCUGGCGCACGUGUGGCCGCGGUAUGGAGAAGCUUCCACUUGGAGAGAGUGGGGCAGGUGAUCGGGCUUAAUUCCAAAUCUUAACAUUUACUUCAACGACCAGCUCAAUUAAAAAAAAAUAAAAACAACUUUGGAGUUACUGUUCCAAGUCAGACAGCAACUCAACGGCCUCUGUUCUCCCUCCACCAAACCGCAAGAGGAAGCUAAAGAGACGGCACCACUCUCCCCGGGGCAUUCCAGGACAAGAAUCGGGCCCGAAAGAGCCUGAGUCACCAACCGGCGCCACCGGCCGGUAGCCACAGCCCCGGCUUCCGCUUGGAGCUGGAGAGCGGCGUUUCCCGUGAGCCCGCGGGCGCGCGGGGACUACGACUCCCGGCAUGCUCCGAGGCCGCCGGAGUUAACCCUUCAGGGCCCGCGGCCGCCCUGCGCCCCGCCUCCGCCCCUUACCUGGACCCUGCAGGAGAUGGGUGCCCCGAUCGGCACACUGUCCUUUGGCCACUGGACAUCAUGCCUCCCAAGAAGGAUAUUCCUGUGAAGAAACCAGCAGGGCCCGCUGUCUCCAAGCCUGCUCCCAAACCAGCAGCAGUAGGGGCCCCUACAGCCAAGCCCAAGCCUGAGCCAGAGCCAGCUGUCCCUCUACCUGUGCCUCCUCCGGCCCCUCCGAAAAUCCUGGAGCCCCCCAUCGAUCUCUCCAAAAUAGUGAUCGAGUUUAACAAGGACCAGCUGGAGGAGUUCAAAGAGGCCUUUGAGCUGUAUGACCGAGUAGGGGACGGCAAGAUCCAGUUCAGCCAGUGUGGGGACGUGAUGAGGGCCCUGGGCCAGAAUCCCACCAACGCCGAGGUGCUCAGGGUCAUGGGGUACCCCAAGAGUGAUGAGCUGAAGUCCCGGCGUGUGGACUUCGAGACUUUCCUGCCCAUGCUCCAGGCAGUGGCCAAGAACCCGGACCAGGGCACAUACCAGGACUACCUGGAGGGCCUUCGGGUGUUUGACAAAGAAGGAGACGGCAAAGUCAUGGGAGCAGAGCUCAGACAUGUCCUCACCACCCUGGGAGAGAGGAUGACUGAAGACGAAGUGGAGUCUGUUCUGGCAGGACAUGAGGACAUCAAUGGCUGCAUCAACUAUGAAGCCUUCCUGAAGCACAUCCUAAGCGUCUGAGCUCUACAGAUGCUGUGGGCCGGACACCGGGCCCCCCGCAGGCGGAAGCACGUUCCUGCCACUAGGAGGCCCCCUAUUGUUUCAAAAUAAAGAGAUGGUUCCUCCCUUGG